GUAAUCAAAAUUUUAUCCACAAGCCAUUGGCUCAUCCACUGAAACAGACGGACUCUCAUUGAUUUGUGAAGAAGAAGAAGAGCAAAACAAAAAUGGUAAUUCUAAGCAACGUCUCGUAUCUCUGCAGCAAACCAUCUCUUUCUUCUCUCCCUAGUUCUCCUUCUUCUCGUUCUCAUUUUAUCAUUCGCUGCUCACAGGAAGGGAAAGAAGUGGUUAGUCCUUUGGGGAGUUUGUUAUGGUCGUUAGGAGAAGAUAUUUCAAAGAGAAGUCUACUUGCACUUGUCUCUGCUUCUCUCUUCUUUGUUGAUCCUGCUCUUGCUUUUAAGGGUGGAGGUCCAUAUGGACAAGGAGUCACCAGGGGACAGGACUUAUCCGGCAAGGAUUUCAGCGGCCAGACUCUGAUCAGGCAGGACUUCAAAACGUCCAUCCUAAGGCAAGCCAACUUCAAGGGUGCGAAGUUGUUAGGUGCUAGCUUCUUUGAUGCAGAUUUAACAGGUGCUGAUCUAUCGGAAGCUGAUCUUCGAGGUGCAGAUUUCUCCUUGGCAAACGUAACAAAGGUGAAUUUAACGAACGCAAACUUGGAAGGAGCGACUGCUACUGGAAACACAUCAUUCAAGGGAUCAGAUAUCACAGGCGCAGACUUCACUGAUGUUCCUUUAAGAGAUGAUCAACGAGCAUACCUUUGCAAAAUUGCGGAUGGGGUUAACGCGACCACUGGGAAUGCAACGCGGGACACAUUGCUCUGCAACUAAACGGUUUAAGUGUAAAGCUUUGUAUUGUGAGGAGCCUUCUUCAUCUGAGUUUCUUAAGGUUUGACCAUUGUUAAAGCUUUUUGUGACUGUUGUUGCAGUCUGUGUAUAUAUUUACUAAUCUCAGGCUUUGACCUUGAGAGAUUAAGUAUGCUAAUUAUCUCCCGGCGUACAGAACAUUAAUAUCAAAGAAACGAACUUUC